AUGCUACCGCUACUCCUGCUGCUGGUGGUGGUUCCUUUGCUACAUCUGAGUGAAGGAGCACACACCGAUCAGAUUCCCCGUGGUUGCAAGCCACCUCUCGAUUGGUUCCCUUUCUGCAAUGCAUCCUUGCCAUUGGACGAACGGUUGGACGACAUUAUCAGUCGCUUGACGUUACAAGAAAAGCCGUACCUGCUGGUGGCUAGAGAAUCCCCCAAGGGCAACAUUAGUCGACUCGGCAUUCCCGAGUUUGAUUGGGGUGGCAAUUGCAUGCAUGGCGUGCAAAGUCGCUGCGCUCCAGAUGGCCGAUGUCCCACAAGUUUCCCCAAUCCAAACUCGUUAGGUCCCACCUUUAACAGGACCAUUUGGAAAACCAUGGGAACGGCUAUUGGCUUGGAACUGAGAGCUCUCUGGCUGCAAAAUGUAGGAGAAAAUCACGAUGAUAGAAACCUUCCUCACAUGGGAUUGGAUUGCUGGAGUCCCAAUCUCAACAUUGUCCGAGAUCCUCGCUGGGGACGCAAUCUGGAAACGCCAUCGGAAGAUCCAUUCUUGGUGGGUGUCUUUGGCACACUGUACACUCUGGGAUUGCAAAACAAUUCUCAAGUGGAUGAUCGCUAUUUUCAGGCGGUUGCCACUCUCAAGCACUUGGACGCCAACUCGCUAGAAGGUCCGCAUUGGACUCCCGACGGAAAAUGGGAUAAAAAGCACGGAAAUAUUACCCGUUAUUCGGUCAAUGCCAAAAUAUCCAUGCAUGAUUGGGCUGCCUCGUAUCUCGCAGCCUUUCGACAAGCCGUCGUGGAAGGAGGCGCCGCGGGGAUCAUGUGCAGUUACAACCGCAUCAAUGGCGUUCCCGCAUGUGCUCACGAGUACUUGUUGCAACGGGUCGUUCGACAGCAGUGGAAGUUUCGUGGCUAUGUCACUUCGGAUUCGCACGCGUUGGAAAAGAUUGUCACGACUCAUCACUACGCCAAAGAUUGGCCGGAAACGGUUCAAUUGGCUCUGCAGGCGGGCUGCGAUAUUGAAUCGGCGGCAUGGACCAAGGGCAAUAUGUUUGCCACUGGAGGACACUACAUUGAUGAAGUCCCCAGUGCUGUUCAGAGCGGUCUGAUUGACGAAGAGCUAGUGGAUCGGGCGCUUCGGAAUGCCUUGGGAGUUCGAUUUCGAUUGGGACUCUUUGAUCCUAUCGAGGAUCAGCCAUUCUGGAACAUUCCACCGAGUACUGUACAACAGCCAGAUCAUGUCAAGUUGGCCAAGGAGGCUACUGCUCAAGGUCUUGUCCUGCUCAAGAACGACAACAAGAUUGUUCCGAUUGACCCUACCAAAUACUCCAUUGCAUUGAUUGGACCUCACUUGUACGACAACAUCACCAUGGCUGGGAACUAUCUCGGACAACUUUGUCCCAAAGACAAUCCCAGUUGCGUCACGACCUUUCAUGCUGGAUUUGUCGAGGCCGUCUCUAAGUAUCAAGGCAAGGGACUCGGCGCCGCCAAGGGUUGUUCGGUGAACGGUAACGACAAGACUGGCUUUGCAGAGGCCAUUGACGUGGCCAAAAAAGCAGACGUGGUGAUUUAUGUCGGUGGCAACAAUCUUCACAUGGAAGCCGAGUUUAUUGAUCGUCCCGACAUUCGGCUGCCGGCCAUCCAAGUCGAACUUUUACAAGAGAUUGCAAAAGUGAAUGACAAGAUUGUCACCGUUCUACUUCACGGGGGCAUGAUUGGAUUAGACGCCAUCGUCAACCAGGCAGCAGCGGUGAUCUCGGCCGGUUACCCUGGCCGAUAUGCUGGUGAAAUUCUGCCGGAUGUUCUUUUUGGGAAGAACGCCAGAGCAUGGGGAAAAUUGGCCAUUACGUGGUAUCACGAUUCCAUUCAAGAAGACCUGAACAUGCUGGAUUUUUCAAUGAGCCGACCACCAGGACGCACUUAUCGCUACUUUCAAGGCACCCCUCAGUAUCCUUUUGGUCACGGACUGAACCCUUUGACUUCAUUUGACUUGAGCAAACUGGUAGUCCACAAGGGCAAGGGCAAACAAACACUGGCGCUACAAACAAACGUCACAAACACGGGAAGUCGUCCAGGGAGCGAGAUCGUAAUGGCAUUCUUUUCGCCACCCAGUACGCUCUCGAAGAGGCAGCCAGCUUCGAAAUUGCGGAAACAGCUAUUUGGUUUUGAACGGGUGCAUCUACAGCCGACAGUAUCUCGAACAGUUGCAUUUGAGAUAUCGCCAACUGUGUUCCAGCUGUACGACUCGGACGGGUUGCAGGUGCUGUUUCCAGGCAAGUACUCCGUUACAGUGACCAACGGUGUCGAUGCCGAAGAGCAGAUCUCGAUCCUUAUCGACAAACAGCACAACUUGAAGGUCUUGCAUGGACCUGAUGAGUCGGCAACGCAAUGA